UCCUACUAUCACUAUGCACUGCUGACCUCUGACAGCAGGCUUUCCAUGCACAAACACGGAAGCAGCAUGGCGUCAAACAGCAACAGUUCCGAGAGGCAACGAAUUGCCCAGCAAAGAUUGCGAGUAAUUGCCGGUCAUUUACAGAAGCAUGAGGACGGUGAAUCGGGAAUAAUCGCCGCAGAAUGCAAAGCUGAUGCUCUUUGCUCAAAUGAAGGGAAAAAAGGGACGGUGCCGAAAAAGAGGCAGGAGAUCAUGAAGUGGAAUGGCUGGGGGUACAGUGACUCCAAAUUCCUCUUCAACAAGAAGGGCCAAGCAGAAUUCACAGGCAAGAGGUACCGGCUCAGUGGCAUGAUCCUGCCCAGUUUGCAGGACUGGUUCGAGAACACCUUUGGAGCCAGUGUGAAGCAGCAUAAAAGCCCGGCCACGCCUUCCCUGAACGCAGGCGCUUUGCCGCCGGCCAACCUGAACGAGGCGUUCCUCCAGGACCUGACGGCCACGGGCAUCCCCUUCUCACACGAGGCAGACGACCGAGUGUUCCGCGCCCACGGUCACUGCCUACAUGAAAUCUUUGCUCUGAGAGAAGGACGAGGGUUCCAGAGAGUUCCUGACAUGGUCACGUGGCCAAAUUGUCACAACGACGUGGUGAAAAUUGUGGAGCUGGCAUGCAAGCACAAUGUCUGUGUGAUACCUUAUGGAGGAGGGACCAGUGUGACCGGAGCUCUAGAGUGCCCCCCGGAGGAGAUGCGCUGCAUCGUCUCCCUGGAUACUUCGCAGAUGAACCGCAUAUUAUGGAUUGAUGAGAAGAAUUUAGUAGCUCGCAUUGAAGCGGGCAUCAUCGGUCAGGAUUUGGAGAGAUUACUCAACGAAGGGGGCUACUGUACCGGCCAUGAGCCCGACUCCAUGGAGUUCAGUUCCCUGGGCGGCUGGGUGGCCACCAGAGCCUCGGGCAUGAAGAAGAACGUCUACGGCAACAUCGAGGACCUGGUGGUCCACAUAAAGGUGGUGACUCCUCGAGGGGUGAUGGAGAAGAGCUGCCAGGGGCCACGCAUGUCUACGGGUCCAGACGUCCACCACUUCAUCCUGGGCUCAGAAGGAACCCUCGGUGUGGUUACCGAGGUGACGAUGAAGAUCCGGCCCAUCCCAGAGUACCGAAAGUACGGGUCGGUGGUCUUCCCCAACUUUGAAGCGGGCGUGGCCUGCUUACGAGAGGUCGCCAAGCAGAGAUGUGCACCGGCUUCAAUCCGCCUCAUGGAUAACGAGCAGUUCCAGUUCGGCCAUGCCCUGAAGCCUCAAGUGUCAUCCAUUUUUACCAGUUUUGUUGAAGGGUUAAAGAAAUUCUACAUCACCAAGUUCAAAGGUUUCGACCCACACCAGUUGUGUGUCGCCACCCUGCUGUUCGAAGGGGACCGUGAGAGGGUCCUGCAGCACGAGAAACAAGUUUACGACAUUGCUGCUAAAUUUGGGGGCCUGGCAGCUGGGGAAGACAAUGGGCAGAGAGGCUACAUCCUGACCUUCGUCAUCGCUUACCUCCGGGACUUGGGGCUGGAUUACUAUGUGGUUGCGGAAUCGUUUGAGACGUCGGUGCCUUGGGACAGGGUGUUGGACCUUUGCCGGAAUGUUAAAGAGCGCAUCAUCCGAGAAUGUAAAGAGCGAGGGGUCCAGUUUCAACCCCUGACCUCAUGCAGAGUGACUCAGACUUACGAUGCUGGCGCCUGUGUUUACUUCUACUUUGCCUUUAACUACAGAGGACUGGCAGAUCCGGUACAUACAUACGAACAAGUUGAGCAUGCUGCCCGAGAUGAGAUCCUAGCCAACGGAGGAAGCUUGUCGCACCACCAUGGAGUUGGGAAACUUCGGAAGGAGUGGAUGAAGGAGAGCAUCUCUGAUGUGGGCCUCGGGAUGCUGAGAUCCGUAAAGGAGUACGUGGACCCGGAUAACAUUUUCGGCAACCGAAACCUCCUCUAAUCCAGCCCCCCCCCCCGUUACAUUUUACACGUUUGUCUUCUCACCCUUUCUAACAGCCUCCAGUGCAGUUGUGUUAAUGGGUUCUAAAUGUUCCAUUUAUAUGACAGGAAAUCUCAAUGUCUCUCUCCUCCUGUAUGACUUAGCCUACAUCCGACGUGGCUUCAUUCCUCUACAGUAUGUCCGUGGUUCUGCAGGAACCCACAAGAUAUGCAUCUUCUUACUUCCUUGCAUUGCAUUAUAUUGCACUUAUCGCGUUAUAACAGUCGUUGUCAUCACUGUUUAACUCUGAAGCUCGUCACCCUCAAGGUCUCAGUCCUUUCCUCAUCCGGGGGAAGUUUGAAUAUGGACCAGUGUGUAUCGUACUGACUGUAGUACUGUAAAUGUGUCCUGGGGAUUGUUUUAGUGUAAAACACGCCAUAGGAACGGCCUUUCAUACGGUUUCCCAUGCAGACUUUUGUCACCCCGAAUUUGCCUGUAAUUAAUCGUUCUAUCGUUCUUGCCAACUUCAGAAGCAUUUUUUUUUUGUACACUAACUGUAUAGUUACCUUUUGUUCGGCACUACUAGCGUUAAGUUCAAGAUGAAUGUGCUCUGUGCCUUUCUGAAGAUGUCUGCCUUCCCCUUAUCCUACACUGCGAUUCCAUGUUGCCCUCCCCUUAGAAUGUCUGUGCCCCUCAUUCUGAAUGGGUCUGUUUCCAGUUGUUCCCCAAGCCCUCAUGCCUUUUGUUAUUACUGUCAAAUAGGAAGUAUUGCUACUAGGGAUGUGCUUUCUGUUGGAUCUAAACAUGUACCAAGGAGGAUUUGAGUGGCGCCUCUAGUGAAAAUGUACCUAGGGUACAAAUGUCCCCACCCUCCAGAACUGUAAUUGAAGGAACUAGGAUAUUAUGCCUGUCGUCUUUUUUUGUUUUUAAUUGCUUUUUAAUUUUACAAUUUUACCUUGCAUGGUCUUUUCCUGUCAUUUAGAGAGUUCAGUUUGUGGACAAGGUCAAAGAUGUUGGACCAUACAUGCUUUGGUGUGUAAUUUACUGUUUAACCACUGAAUCCCAAGACCCCUGUUUGUACCAAAGACUUUCUACACAACCCAUUCACUACUUUAUACAGACCAUGCAAACAUACUGCAUCUCUGUGUUUCUACAUACUGUAUAGUUAGACACGAAUGAGACAUGAAUACAGUAAGGUAUUGGUAGUACAAAAAAACCUAAAUAUCCCAAUGAUACAUUUUAUUUUUUUAAAUUCACAUAUGCAAAUAUCCAGACACCAUUAUUACUAAUAUCCAAAAAUGUAUUCAUAUUUUUACUGUUACUAUAACUUACAUGUACUCACUCAUGUUCAUGUGCGCGACAACUUUGUUCAAAUUUGACUAUGUUGUCAUUACUUCAAAAUCUGUUGCUUGUAUUUGUAUUUACCCCAAAAUACAUCUGAAUGGAUUGCUAGUGUGUUCCCUGGUAAUUGUUGCUGUGUAGUGGCAUUAGUUGGAAAUGAACCAUUUGACUGAAAUGAAAUUGUACUUUUGUCACAAUUCACCUAUGAUUAUGCGUGGGAGUCACGUGCUAGAGUAACGAAGCAGCAGGAGAUGUUGUGCUAAUGCUUCCCUCACUACUGCUGUGCGCCUGGAGUUCUCCUGGACCCACCGCGGCCUUGCAGCUUUCCCAUAAUGCAUCGUCAGACCGUUUCACCUUUCUGCCCAAGUGUUUCCAUGUUAAUGUUGCCUCGUGAAACGGCAAUGAAGGAAAUGGCAGUGGCUUUGGGGCCUCAGCCUGUAUUUUCUGAUCGGUUUCAUGCUUUUACAACUUGUGACAGCUCCCAACGAUAACCUAAUGAGAGCUUGAAAUGGGAAUGUUUUGGCUGUACCUUUUUAUUUUCCACAUUUUCAAAAUGUGUUAACAUUCAAGUAUUUUUUAUUUUUUUUGUCAAUGCUGUUUGUGCAA